UCUUAUUUAUACCAUUCAAAAUCAUUUUGUUAGCUUUCUGAAAACCUUUUGGGAUAUCAACUUGACCCCCAUGAGCCCAGGAAGUGCUUCAUCAUCUUAUGGGGUCCGAACCUUUGCCACCACGUUGAUACACCGUUACAGAGCUAGCUCAAUGACUGCGGCUGGUAAUUCGGGCUACCAGCAUACCAUGUUCGGGUAUGGCAGUUCAAGGCAUCACACGUUAAGCUUUUCUAGUGGCAGUUUGAUUGAAAGGCCGGAGUCUAAAAUGGAACAUGAAAGUAACUUGAAGGCUCAACCAUCUGAUCCAGAUCCUCCAAGGGACAACCUCUUUUCUUGGGUAAAAUGGGUAUUGGGCUCUAUGUUACCUAUAAUGUUCUCAUUUUGGAAGCAAAAAUGGGAUUCCAUGCUAAAGCUAGAAGGUAAGGUUGAAGGAGUUGUUAAAGAGGUGGAGGAGGUGGCCGAGGUGGUAGAAAAGGUUGCCUCUAAAACAGAAAAGUUAUCGGCAGAGGUCGCAGAGAGGCUAAACAAUGGUGAACUGAAAGAAGUUGCUUUAAAUAUAGAGCAUGUAUCUAAUGUCAUUGCUAAGGAUGCUCGAAUGACGGAAGAUUUCAUCCACAAGGCUUCUUUCCUUGCAGUUUGGUGAUCUUAAGCAAGACUUGAAGGACUUGGAGGCUAUGGUAGAACCUGUCAUUGAUAAAAUGGAACAUAAAAAGUAGACCAUGAACAUUUUUUUAAUUAAAUUUCUCAUUUCUAUUGGCAAAGUUGUAUAUUUGUUGUACAGUGUUUUUAGACACAAUCAACUAGAAUUUACUUUUAUUCUAAGUUUCUGAUAAUAUAUAUUCUUGUUUUAGUUAA